CAGAAAGAAAAUAUAUAUACCAUACCUAAUUUAUUAACCAUGUUCAGAAUAGGUUCUACUCCUAUAUUAGGCUAUCUGAUAACCAGUCAUUCCUAUCAAUUGUCUUUAGGUCUGUUAGUUAUUGCUGGUAUAACUGAUGUGUUGGAUGGCCACAUAGCUCGAGCCUUUCCAAGCCAGAAAACAGCAUUUGGUACACAUCUUGAUCCCUUAGCUGAUAAAUUAUUAGUGUUUGUUAUUAGUUUUUGUUUAGCAAAAGUCAGCUUGAUACCAGUGUGGUUAUUUACUAUUAUAGUAUUAAGAGAUGUGUUAUUGAUAUUGGCUGUAUUUUAUCUGCGCUAUCAAACUCUUCCUCCACCAAAAACCUUUGCCAGAUACUGGAAUAUAAAUAAAGCAUCUGUUAAUCUUUACCCUUCUACAUUAAGUAAGUUUAAUACAAUGUUACAGAUAUCAGCUAUAUCACUAUCUCUAGCAGCUCCAGUUUUUGAUUUUAUGCAACAUCCAGCUUUACAAGGUCUAUGGUAUUUAACAGCUUUAACAACAUUUAUUACUGGUGUACAAUAUGCUAAAAACCCUUGGAAAUAUGUAAAAAGAUUGAACAAAAAAUAA